GUUUAUUUAUUUUUUUACGGCGGCAUGAGCAUGUGGAAGGCAGCGCUUUCCCUCUUGAGUGCCAUGUUAGCCUCAGUGUCCUGAGACGGUGACGUGCUUUGACACUUAUUGAGAUCGCUACGAAUAUUUGUAGCCCAUCAUCAACCAGCGACUGUUGCUGCUGUUUCGGAGAAAGUAUACGACACCGACGAUCUUUCGACCUUCAGUGCUCGCAUCAGGCCUAGCGGAGAAAAUAAGUUUUCGAAUAUAUUUUCAGUGCAAGACAGUGUUCGUAUGACUUAGGAUAGUGCGAAUUGUGGUGUGAUUACUAAGUUACAACCUGUGGCUUGUAGUAAAGCGUCCCUGCCCCCUGAAAGGCAACAGAGCUGCUGACGUGUUCGUGACAUAUCUUGAGCUGUGGCCAUGUCCAGUCCCUUCCCUACCGUACGUCCCUCGUGACACAACUUGUGUUUGCUGUGGAGAGCUAGGAAACUCCACGUGUACACCGCAGUCGUGCGAUUUCCGUCCUUUGAAGCUUGCAACUCUCGCGGAACCAACAAAGUAAAAACAUCCCCGAGAGGCAGGCGACCUCCGGAAGCUGCCGCCAGGUUCGCUACUGGGUGAAAACGUGCCGUCAUGGCGACUUCUGUGGCAGCGAACCACGCGGAUCAUCAACAUAACGUCGCGGAUUUGAAAGGUUCCAAAGAAAGUGGUCCAUCGUACGCCAAGGCGCUGUCCAAUUCAAGAUUGCAAGACUCUUCCGACAACGGUAACGCCAGUUCAGGAUCAUCAGAUAACGCGGAAAGCAAUGCCAGUGUUACGGAAGGGCUAGGCCUAAACCACAAUAUGGUUCAAAACCCUUCGCCGACGAACUGCAUGUCAGGAAGUGAUGUGAAAUUACAUAACGGCACCCAGAACGGGGAUGUUGAUCAGAAUGAGGAAUUGUGUGUGAAAAAGGAUAAGCCAAAGGAAUAUAUCGACGCUCCGCCGCCUAAAGUGAAUCCGUGGACUAUGAACAGGAAUGCUGCUUAUGUGAUUAGUGGUAAAGUGACCACGGAUGCAAGAAUCAGCGUCAUUCGAGAAGGUGUUCCUGCAACAAAGAAGCAUGUGUCUCCAGCUCCAGAUAGGAGGAAAACAAUAAAGAGCAACGAAAUCACAGAUAUGAGUGACUGGCCGACACUAGGAGAGGUACACACAAACGACCAUGCCAAACUUCCAGGUCUACAAGAGAUGUCUGGUCACCUACACCAGCAUAAUUUCGAGCCGUCAGAUACAAAGUCAGAAGCAAGUCCAGUGGCCUCCAAUGGUCAUGGUCAUGCAGUGCUGGUGGAUGAAGAUGACUCUGCUAAAGAGAACAGAGAUGCACCGCCCAGCACAGACUCAGCCAGCACCACACCACGCUCGAGUAAAAAGAAAGGCAACAAGCAGAAGUGGGUUCCAUUGGACAUCGAACCUGUGAAGGCAGAAAGGCGAAAACCAGGUAAAAGCUCUGCUGUGCCUGCUGCUGCUUCUCAGGACAAGGGCAGUGAAACUGGUGGUGGUGUCGGUGGUGGUGGUGGUGACGGGCCCGCUGUCGUCCCGGAUGAUGCUCACCCCAAAGGGCGAGGUGAUCCAGGAGCAGCAGAGCGCAAAGGCAGGAGCUACAGAGGAGCUCGAAGAGGACGGGGAGGACGAACCUGGACAGCUCGAGGACGAGGUGAAGAUGGAGCCCUCCCAGCAUCCUUUUUUGGAGCCUCAGGCACAAACAGGCCUUCCUCAGUUGGAGGAACCUCAGAAGAAAGUAGUGCCAGUGGAAGAAAUUUUCUGGGACCCUUCCUGGGCACUUACUACUUCAACCAUAGCUACAUGAAUGUCGAUGAGACCCUGCUCAGGGAAUACAUACGCAAACAGGUGGAGUACUAUUUCUCUGAAGAGAACUUGCAGCGUGACUUUUUUCUGCGUCGCAAGAUGGAUGCUCAGGGCUAUCUUCCUGUCAGCCUUAUUGCUUCCUUCCACCGGGUGCAAGCGCUUACGCAGGAUGUAUCCCUCGUCAUUCAGUCGAUCAAGGAGAGCACUGUGUUGGAGAUCCAGGAGGACGUACGAGUUAGAACACUAAAGGACCCGAUGCGUUGGCCCCUCCAAGAGACCCUCACGUAUGAGCUGCAUCCUGAUGUACCUGCAUUUGUUCCAGGACAGCCGUACCCCCUCUUUCAAGCUGAUGAUCCAUCUCGACUGUGCGAGGAUGGAGAUGCAGGAGAAGAAGCAGACAACGAGCAAGAACCUGACACUGCCGCAGACAAGAGAAUGGCCUCUCGUACUUUGGACAGGAGGAUUCAACAAGGCGAGGAUGAUGACUGGAAGGAGGUAAAGCGUAGGGCUAAACCAACAGCAAAGGCCAAGAUGAAACAAGAAGCAUCUGAUGCCAGGGCAGACAGGGAAGAACUGGAAUUCCAGUUUGAUGAGGAAUUGGAAAAUACCCCGAAUGGAAGAAAAAACACAUUCACUGACUGGUCCGAAGACGACUCUGACUAUGAGUUCAGUGAUGCGGAGGUGAACAAGAUCAUCAUCGUGACCCAGACGCCACCAGCCCCAACAGGUCCCUCUGUGCGGAAACACGAGGGUUAUGACCGAACGGGGGACUGGACGACCAGGGUGAAGAUGACUCAGGAGCUAGCCCAGGUCAUCAAUGAUGGCCUCUUUUACUAUGAGGAUGACCUGUGGAAUAAAGUGGAACAUCAAGAGAUGCAGUACCGGUCAGUGGAAAUUGUCAGCCAGGAACAGUUUGCACGGCUAGCCAGUCCAGAACCAUUCCAGUUUUCUCAGGAAGUGCCUCCACCGCCUCCUCCUCCUGCUGCCUUGGAUACUCCACGAAGCACAGUAUCUGGGCCCAGAACUCCAAGGUCACGCAAGGAUAACAAGGUGGCACCACGUUUUUACCCAGUCGUCAAGGAGGGCACUACCCAACCUAUUGACCAGAAGACCCCACGCAAGCAAAAGACUCGCCACAGCAGCAAUCCUCCUGUGGAACAUCAUGUUGGCUGGGUGCUUGAUAUCCGGGAACACCAGCCGUCUCGCUCUCGCACUGAAUCAUUCAGUGAGAGUGGAGCUACGCCUACUGGGCACAUUGAAUGGGGAGGCCCUUCUCUCAGUACUCCACAUUCCCUUCCUGCGUUUGAACAUCCAAGCCAUGCCUUGCUGAAACAGAACGGCUUCACCCAGCAGGUCUAUCAUAAGUACCGCAGCCGAUGCUUAAAAGAACGCAAGAGGCUAGGAGUGGGCCAGUCUCAAGAAAUGAAUACGCUGUUCCGUUUCUGGUCUUUCUUCUUGAGAGAACACUUCAACCGCAACAUGUACGAAGAAUUCAGGCGGCUGGCCUCCGAGGACGCGCAGGCAGGAUAUAGGUAUGGGUUGGAGUGCCUCUUCCGGUUCUACAGCUAUGGCCUGGAGAAACACUUCCGCAAUGACCUGUAUCAGGACUUCCAGCAGGAGACCCUUAAGGAUGUUGAAAUGGGUCAGCUGUAUGGACUAGAAAAGUUCUGGGCUUUCCGCAAGUACUACAAGCACAGCCAUAGUUAUCCGGUGGACGCUGUGCUAGAUGCCAAGCUCAAGCAAUACAAAAGCAUAGAUGACUUCCGAAUAGAUGCCGCAGUUCUUGCUCAAAAGGAGAAAGAAGCUGAACGUCAGCGGCAGGCUUACAGAAUGAACCAGACAGAAACACAGAACGCAACGUCGGAACCAUCUCAGCGUAAGGAGCCCACUUCACAACGUCGUAAUACGGGAGACAGCAUGCGUGGGGGCAGGACAGGAGGCAGGAGAGGAGGUCGUCAAGGGGGAUCUGCUAGUUCAGCUGCACGGACAGGAAAAGUUGUUUCUGCAUCUGCGGUGGGGGCUGCGAAGUAAAAGACUAGUCUGAAUAUCAACUGCUGGCUUCGUACAUAAGUUGAACAAAACAGUGUUUGAUCGUGGCAGAAGAAGAGAACCACACGCAGGGAAUUUGCAAUGCCUCUCUUAUACGACUUCUGAAGACUCGUUCUUCUGGCCAAGAUACAAUUCAAACUCAGUGUUGGACAAGGCGCCUCCACCACCUGUGCUUUGAGGAAACCAGAGGAAGAUUGUGCUUCCAAAUGACUCUUUUUGAAAUACCGUGUGCCUUUCUGAAAUGACGACGACGAUUUUGGUGGGGAAUUCCUUUCUCUUGUUCUUGUACAUAGAUGUAUCAAAAUGAGCCUGUCUCAGACCAGUUUGUUAUUUUAAAGAUGAUUAUUAUAAUUUUUGCAACAAUGCCACUCUCAGCUUGCAACAAAGCUGUGUUCUGGUUGCGUGAGAUGUAUAGGGGUUUGUGCCGGAGGUGGGGAUUGCUUUUGAUUCUCGUUUUGUUUUCUCCUCAUGUUAUACAUUUUUUCUUGCUGUCUCUUCCUCUUUAUUUUUUUUCAUAUUUAAGUUUGUUGUUUAUGGCACUCACUCGGUGAAAUGAUUGCUGAAAUUUUAGUGUGUGGAAUGCUUCUUUUAAGGGUCUGAAUAAGAAGAUAAGCUUGUGGUGCCAUAAAGGGAGGGAUGCGAGUACGAGUAUGGCCAUGCACCAGUAUAUAGGAUGUUUCCUUAUCUUUUUCAUUGUUCGGCAUAGUAGUAUUAUGGCUGCAGUACUUGCUCAAACAACUUGUUUCAUUCUUUUUUUGCGCACUGAUACUGCCAAGGUACAAUGUACUGGAACUUGUGUACGUUUUACUUCUGAAAAGAGCUCUCUACUGAGCCCUGCCUUUAUUUCCGGGGAGGCACCAGCAUGCCCUGACCAUGCCUCCCUCCCCUCCUCCCCUUUCUCUCCCUCCCUCCCUCCCCUUUCUGACAUGAAGCCACAUGGUGGUGCACAUGGUGGUACUUUAGUGGGCUAUGAACCCUUCCUUGAUUAUGCCUCGAUUAUUAUUAUUAUUAUUAGAGUAUGUUUGUGACGUUCUCAUUACGAGUGUUUCAUUUGAUUUCUCUCCUCUGCUGCUGUGUGUGUAAAUUUUUGCUUCCUAAAUUUGGAGUGUCAUGAUAAGACAUGUGAAAGUUAUUGGAACUUUUUAGCGAGAGAUAGAAAAAUGUAGCGUAAACUUUGGAAACCAUUUUUUUUUGUUUUUCAAGCUCAAGAAAAAAAAAAAGAAAAAAAAGAUUAACUGCACUGUGUGAUAUGUAGGUAGGGCUGCCUAGUAUGAAAGCUGCAGCAUUUGUUACAACACUUCUCCAAUGGUACAGUAGCUGUGCACAGGGUCUAUCAGACCUGCAAGCACAUCCAUAACUGCAUAGGCACGUAUUGUAUGUGUGCGUGAAUUUGUUGGGCAUACUGUACCCGUGCCGCUUCCUCUCUCGUAGAGGGCCGUGUAAUGUGGCGUAUUGUGUCACAGUGGCUGCACUUUACGCUUUGAACCUUCCAACCAGCAGAGAGAAGGCAGUGGAUAUUCUGGUGUGUGCUUCUAUGGGAACGCAGUUCCUCCAUUUGAUGGCAGGGUUCCCCCAGCUUAGAAGCAUUGGGGUCUAACCUUAUGCAGACAGUUUUUUUCUUUUUUGUCUUCUUUUUUUUAACUAUCCACUAUUGUUACUGUGGGCAGUGUUUGUUAUUGUUUAUUUUACAUUGCUAUGCACUGAAAGAAGUAUCGUUAUGCACCAAGUAAGACAGUUGAGAGUUUCUUGUAAAUACAGUGAGAAAAAAAAAGUGGUGGUCUCAUUUGCUGUUGGCAAGUGCUGCCACAGUUGUACAGUGGACGCUUCUGUUUUCUUGACCCAUUCUUUCGAUGUGCUGCCCUUAAUCUUGCAAAAAUACUAUGAGCUCAUGCAUAAAUUCUGCACAUGAUACGUGUGUGUGUGCAUGUGCACUACUUUUUUUUUUUUCCUUUUAUCUUUCUGGCUUUUUGCAGUACUUAUCACUUUUUGAUGUGUAAUGGAUUGCUUUUAUUUCAACCAUCUGCAUUGCUCAAUCAUUGCACCAGAAUUGUCCCAAUAAGCCAAACUACUGCUGGUCAAUUUUGAGCGAUGUAGGUGGGAAAUAUAUUUUAUUCCUUGCUUGAUUGCUUCCAAAUGACGACGUUGAUUAUGGUUAUAUAUAAAAUAUAUAUAAAUAUAUAUACUAUAUAUAAACAAUGUGGAUGUAGAAAGAUGAAUGGGAGUCAUGUUUUAAUGCAAUGGAAUAAACGGAUUCUGUGUGGGAUACUGUCCGUGCCGUGGCUUAUGUGAGCAACAUGCUUUGCCGCAUAUUUUGUACCUCCUUUUUGCAGUUUUUAACGUAUGGAGUGGAUACUCGUGUCUUAGACUCCUAACUGUAAAUUUCUAAUAAAUAGGCCAUUCUUUUUUAC